AUUUGACGUUUAAACUGUCAGCCAGAGAUAAAGAAGGUUAAUUCAUAGAAAAAGGGUUAAUUUAUGGUUCUGUUGUAACACAGACAGGUGGUCAAAAACCUCAACAUUUUCGGCAUAAAAUGGGGUAUUAUUAGGUAUAAUAUUUAAUGCACACAUUUUUCAUCUAGUUCAAAAUGAAUAAACCAAAGAAACCUAAUCCAUGGAAUAUGAAGAAAACAUCAACUAAAAGCCAAAGUUUUAAUUUACAAAAAUCUCCAACUUUUGAACAGAGGUCUGCAGAAGUAAAAUUUAAGGAGGCACAUAAAAAACUUCAGGCAGCUGUACAAAAACAUGUACAAGAUUACGAGUCCUCUUCUGAUGAGGAAGAACUGGAAGUUAAUAAUGUAAUAGGUUCAAUUUUAAAGAAUUAUACACAAUAUGGUGGAUGUGAUGAACAACUAGAAAGGACACAAGCUUUUCUAGAACAAUCCUAUUUGUCAGGAGCAGCUACAUGCUUGAUUUGUAUCUCCAAAGUAAAAAGAGAUGAUGAGAUUUGGAGCUGUUUAAAUUGUUAUGGAUACUUUCAUCUUUUGUGUAUACAAAGAUGGGCAAAGGACACAAUAAUUUAUCAAAAACAAACUCAGGAGGGCCCAAUAUUAGUGUGCCAAAACAAAAUUUCUUGGGGUUGCCCCAAAUGUCGAUAUGUUUAUUCUCCUGAUGAAAUUCCUGCUAAUUAUUUUUGUUUCUGUAAAAAAGUGACAAAACCCAAAUUCCAACAAUAUUUAGUGCCACAUUCCUGUGGAGAAAUAUGCAAAAAAGAUCUUGUUCCAAAGUGUGGACAUCAGUGCUUAUUACUUUGUCAUCCAGGACCUUGCCCUCCAUGUCCUGUUACUGUUAAUGUAACAUGCUUUUGUGGUUCUCAACCACCAAGAACUCAAAGGUGCAGUAAAAAAGAAUGGUCAUGUAACAACAAAUGUGGAAAAUUGUUAUCUUGUGAAAAACACACAUGUGCAGAUGUAUGUCAUUCAGGUGACUGUAAGGCAUGCCCCAAAAAGAGCAUACAAAAAUGUAUGUGUAAAGCACAGCAAAAACUUCGGGAUUGUGCAUCACCAUUAUGGCAAUGUGAAAAAGUUUGUAAUAAACCAUUAGAAUGUGGCCACCACAAAUGUCCAGAGGUGUGCCAUGCUGGAGUAUGUGAUGUUUGUGAAUUCACAAAGCAAAGAUCCUGUCCUUGUGGUAAAUCUAAGUACCAACUGCCCUGCACAGAAGAAACACCAACAUGUAAGGAUACUUGUGAAAAAAUAUUAGAUUGUGGAGCUCACACUUGCAACCAAAGAUGUCACAAAGAUAAGUGUGGAACUUGUUUAGAAAAUGUUAAGAAACAAUGCCGCUGUGGAUUGCAUACUAAAGAAGUCCAAUGUUUUAAACCAUAUUUCUGUGAAACAAAAUGUAAAAACAUUAGAGAUUGCAACAAACAUCCAUGUAAUAGAAGGUGCUGUGAUGGAAAUUGUCCCCCUUGUGAAAAACCUUGUGGCAAAACAUUAAGUUGUGGUAACCAUAAAUGUCUAUCUAUUUGUCACAGGGGUCCAUGUUAUCCUUGCAGUAAUACAGACACAGUUACUUGUAAAUGUGGUUAUACUAAACUGAUAGUUCCUUGUGGUAGAAAAAACAAAACAAAGCCACCAAAAUGCUCCAAACUUUGCAUAACUCCCUCUGAUUGUCACCAUGAGAAUAGGGACAAACAUAGAUGUCAUUUUGGUGAUUGUCCACCAUGCAAACAAACUUGUAAUAAAAUAAAUUUAAAACGAAAGAAAAGUGCCAACGCUACCAGCAGCAAGAGCGAUGAGGAGAAGAAGAGCAAGUACAAGUUCAACAACAAUCUACUCAAGGAACACUUUGUUGAAAUAGUUGACGUACUAGAUACAUUAGCCGAGGAGGGAAAUGCAGCCACAAGAAAAAGUGCAUACCAAAUGCACGCAGAGGCAUGCAUAUCUCAGUUUAUUGUGCCUGUAACAUUAAUUGCUAAGUAUUCAGCCGUUCUGGAGCCUGUAGCAAAUAUACUUCAAAAGAAGACAAUUGAUAUAGUCAAAGCCAACAAGCACAUUCAAACUAUUCUUCAAAUGUUAAAAGAUCAUCGGGAAAAAGCAGAGAACGUAACAGCCAAAGUUUUAAGAGAAGCAAGCGACAUAGCGAAGUCCCUGAAUGUUGAUAUAACCAUCGCUCGUAUUGCUGGCCGACAAAAGCACAGAAGCAACCCUUCAGCCGAAAAUGCAAGUGAAUUUUGGAAAACAUCUCUCAUAAUUCCUUACUUAGAUUCAAUCAUUGUAUCUCUGCAAGUACGAUUUUCCGAAGACAAAUCGCCUGCAUUUUCAUUGACCCAUUUUCAUCCGGAUAACAUGAAAAAUGUUUCAUUGGAAGAAUGGAAAGAAAGAACUUCACCUUGUUUAAGUUUUUACAAUUUGGAAGGCUUCAAAGGGGAAGCUUUUUCAAAUGGUGGGAGACUGCCUUACCUAUGGCUUGGUAUUUUUCUUCAUGGAGUUGUAAUAGAAAUGAUAUCUUAUGUCUUGCCAGAUAUUGAUAAUUUUUGGCAUUCACAAACCCCCAUUAUGUUUUUGGGACUUAGAUUACCUUUACAUAUUAUGAUUGUUUAUAUAUGUUUUUACUAUCAAGCUGUAGUUGCAGUCGCAAAAAUGCGUUUACCAAAAUGGUCGGAACCAUUAGCAGUAGGACUAGCUGUUGUUCUUAUUGAUAUUCCUUAUGACAUAAUUGGAGUUAACUACAUCCAUUGGACUUGGCAUGAUACUGAUCCAAAUAUUGCUGAUAGGCAUUACUGGGUUCCAUGGAAUUCAUACUAUUUUCACACUUGUUUUGCAGCUAGCUUUAUUUUUUGGUUUCAUUACACUAGAACUCUAAUUUGUAAGAGUGAGGGAAAAUGGAUAGCAGAUAAGAGUUUUGUUAAGGAAAUACUUUGCACCCUGAUCGCAGCCCUCCUUGGAACACCUGGAGGAAUAUUAAUGUUUGUAGUGUUAUAUCACCCUAUGCAUGAUAUUUAUAAUAUUCAUAGUGAAGUGUGUUUCUUUAUACUGUUUGCAUUUGGUCUUUUGAUAAUUUGGACUGGGGAUCGUUCCAAGAAAAACGCUGAUUUCAAAAAAACUAAUGAUAAUAAAACUCACUGGUCAACUUGGGUAAUUGUAACUCAUUUGAUUAUUCACUACCUUACAUUUUUAUUUAUAUCCAUAUUUCUAAAACCCGAAAAUGAAAUAUCUAUGGGACUUAGGGAACCAAUUGGACCUUGUGAUAAAUAUUCACCUUUACAUACUGCUUUUGGCAUGGUCUUACAAAAAAGAAAGUACCUAUGCCCUACUGAUUAUGAUGAAAAAUACUUCAACUGGAACUGUAUUCCUAGUAAAAAACCUCCAUCUAAUGGUUCAAUUUGGUAUACCAUUUGUGCAUCACCAUUACCUAACUCAGCUGAAAUAAUUACUUUAAUGACAGUGUUUGCAGCAAUUGCAACAGUUAUAUUUACAAAUCUCCACUUUGGAUCAAGCGGAGAUAAUGUAUUUAGCUAUAAAGAAACGACUUUAAAUAAGCCAAUUUCAAAAAAAAAUAAAACGAAAUAGGGACAUUUAAAAACAAGAUUAUAUCAAAAUGAGUUUAAUUUAAACUAUUACAUUACAAAAAUCAGACCUAAUACAAAGAAAUCGGUUGUAUGAAUGUUUGAAGUUAAAAAAUAAAUUUUGUUAUUAAUUGUGUUUUUCAUUUAAAGUAAUCUUAAAAAUUAAAUUAAAAUUAACUUAGGUCUAUACAUAAAACUACUUUAAUUUUAGUAUUGACAUUUUAAUCUAAUGACAGUAAUAACAUUAAGGUAGUAUAAAAAUACAUAACAUUUUAACAGUUUCCACCAGUUUGCUGUUGGUAAACUUCAAUUGUGUCCCCUUCUUCCAUAUCAAGGGUGGUUGGUGUAUCUGUUUCGUUAAUUGGAUUACCAUCAAAUCUGAAUCUGACAACUUGCAUACUAAUGCCCU